AUGACACCACCAAUGUUGAAUGGUAUGGAUUCCACAGACUCUGCAACGAGUACUGCAGAACACAACACCACACCUACUACUUUGUAUUCAUGGAGGCCUCCAUCGCCGCCUCAUAUCCACAUCCCACCCCUCUCCGGCCAGGAAACUUCAAUCACUCUAUCGAAAUAUCGCGGGCUAGAUGAUGAACAAGAGACUCGAGAGAUAUUGAGUGUGAUAACACAAGGACAAAACGUAGCCGUGGAAAAACCGGAUUGGAAAUAUGAAAUGCGACGCCAUAUCCAAGCAAUCUUAUCCUUCCUUUAUCUCGGACCAUCCUCUGGCGCGAGAGAAAUCGAAACUCUGAGACGAGAAGGAAUUACAAUGCUACUCGUAAUCAGAGACACCAAGACAGCUCAAGCAAGAAUUCUGAGUGGCGCAAAGGUAGCAAAACAAUUAGGCAUCGAAGCCGGUGCCAUUGAUGUUAGCGGUAACAUGGAACUCAUCGCUGCGUUUCCAAAAGCCAUACAGACCAUUAAUGAUCAUCUCAUCCGAGUAUUCAAACACCGGAAUCCUCAGGGAGUAAACAGCCAGCCUUUGGCUGCAACACCAAAAGUUCUUCUCUUCUGCGAAUCUGGAAAUGAGCGAUCUGCUGCUGUUGCUGUAGCAUAUGUCAUGGCGACCUAUGAACUAAAACUCGUCGAAGCCAUACAAUAUGUGCAAAACCAGCGGUUUUGUAUAGCUUUUGAUGAUGAGAUGAAACAUACUUUACUGAACUUUAAUCAACUUCUGGAGGCCAGAAGAAGCGUCACCCAAACUCGACAGGCCGAGGCAACUGUAUCAUACAAGUCAAAGAGACGACUUGAGCUAGACGAUGAUGAUGGUGAUGUAGACAUGGGCCAACAGGACGAUCGGGAUAGAUUUUCUGGGCGUACAAAGUUUGCUCCAUUCAUGUAA